AUCAUUUGGUUUCAGGAAGAUAUUUUUGUUGAUUUUUCUCAUAAAAGUGUUAGUACAAUGAAGAUGUACUUGGAACAAGACACUGAGUACGACAUUGAACGCUUCCAGGGAAGAACCGAAAAUCUUUCGGAGAAAAAGUUCAGCCAAAAAGACAUGGCUCACUUCAAAAGACAGAAAGGAAAGCAAAGCUAUCAACUGGUUUUGAUUUACACGCCACUGUUUGGUCGUCUUCCUUGGAGAGGAUUGGAAACGUCUUAUAAUUUCACUCAUUUUAGAGGUAAAACAUGCAAGGUAACGAACUGUAGACUAACGUAUGAUAAAAUGGAUUUGGCAAGAAGCGACGUGGUGAUUUUUCACGGCAGAGACAUGCCAAGUGUAAAUACCAUGAAAGAGAUUUCACAAAACAGAACUUCGAAACAAAGAUGGGUUUAUUUCAUGCACGAGAAUCCUUAUUUUACGUACUAUAAGCCAGCACUGUACAACGGUUUUUUCAACUGGACGAUGACUUACCGAGGAGAUUCGGACUUCUUCGUACCUUACAACUAUUACAGUCCUUUAGCUUCGACUGAAAAACAAACUACUCGACAUCUAAAGAAUUAUGCUCAAGGCAAAGACAAGUUUAUAGCUUGGAUGGUUAGUCAUUGUGGAAACCUUAGACACAAUGUAACAGCUAAACUCUUAAAAUACGUUAAUGUUACUGUAUUUGGAGCGUGUGGGAAACAAUACAAUCAAAAAAAUCGUUGUAAUAGAAAAACACGCGAUUGUGACAAGCUUUUAAAAAGAUUCAAGUUUUAUUUAUCCUUUGAAAAUAGGAACUGUAUUGAUUAUGUCACUGAGAAGUACUGGUACACUCCUUUUCACCAUGACAUGGUCCCUAUUGUAUUAGGGCCUCUAAAGUACGAUUCAAAAAUUGCAAUUCCAGGUUCGUACAUCAAUGUUAUGGACUUCCCGUCCUUGAAAGAUUUAGCGAGUUACUUGAAAUACUUGGAUAAGAACGAUACAGCGUACAAUGAGUAUUUUCAGUGGAAACUCAAGUAUAAAAUAGAUUAUCCGAACCCUUGGAAUUGUCAGAUGUGUGCGGACCUAAAUAACCCAAAUCUUCCGGUGAAGGUGUAUAAUGACUUAGAUUCUUUCUGGGGAAUAAAGAGUUCGUGUGGACAGUACGAAGAUAGAAUUAGAGAAUUAUUGGAAAGGUAGCUCUGUACUGGGAUACCUGUGCGUAUGGAAAAAAACAACCUGAAGACUUCUGUUUUUGAGAAAUAUUAUUGUUGAC